AUGCGUUCGUCGAUUUUUAUUUUACACAUAUUAUCUGGUACAAUAUUCUGGCACGUUGCAAUUGAUGCGCGAUCGGUUUUAGCUAGUCAUAGCCAUCCAUCUGAUGUUAAACAUUUUGAACCAGAAUUAGAUACGAAUAUUGGUUAUUGGUCACCCAGCACCAGUUCAAUCGAUUGGUGUGAACGUAAUUAUGUUGUAACCCAGUGGAAUAUUAUUCAUUCGAGGUAUAUACAACAAGGUUGA